AUGAACGAACUUCGGGCGGCCCUAGGCGUCGAAGCCGCCCGACAGCUAACUUUGCAACGCCUUGAUUUGAUUCCUCGAAACAGACUUCAUGUACAUUACAUUGCGACGUCAAGUACCAAUGAGCAACUAGUCUUGACACUUGUUCCAUCCUCGUCGAAGCUCCUCCGCCUGGAGAAUACAUCACUUAAAUCUGAAGCUGAGCUACUGCAGUGGCUAUGUAACACCCGUCUCAAUUUGCAGACGGUUGAAGAGCGGCGAACACCAAACGAAGCCGCUAAGCCUCCCCAAGACCAUCAUAAAAAUGAUAGGCUCUUUGAACAUGGCUUGAAGUUUAAGAAUACUUUACCAAGAGUCAUGAAGCACGGACAGGCAAAAUUUCCGAACCACGUUGCGUUUCUUUUAACAAAACGGCCGGAUUCUUCCGUCAUUUCGUCUCUUAGCAGGCCAUUGUCAAAGGCGCAACGAAAGUGUGUCGACUUCCAGAUCGGACAAUUGAUUCGAGAAUUAUCCGCGUACCAGUCACCGAUCGAACAAUUUGGAGUCGCUUCAGCUGUCUUGGAGUCUUGCAACAUGCACCACAACACCGUCAAGGCCACAAAAGAACCUCACAAUGAGACCGCAGAUAGCAACGUAUUCGCUUGUUGGUCCGAUGCUUUUUACUUGCUACUCGAGUCUGUACUGAGAGACGCAGAGGACGUUACUCUGUCGCUGGAAUAUGAAAAAAUUCGGCUCCAUGCAAGCCGCUUCAGGCAUAUACUUGACGAGGUUACGGUGCCAUGCUUGGUAAUACUCGAUGCAGGUGAAAACUCCAACACCUGUAUCGUCUUACCCGGCAACUCAGGAGCACGGGACUUUCGAGGCUCCUUGCAACGACAAGACAAACCAAAUGUUGAGUCAGAAAAGUCUCAAAAUACAACCGUAGUAUCAUCUGCAACCAGCCAAACUGCUACCAAAUUCGAGGACCCAGAAAGUACACUGAAAGCAGUACCAGCGACAAAUGCUAUCCAAGAGAGCCAAGAUAUACCCCAGGUUGUGGGGAUUCAGGACUGGUAUAACAGCGUCUUUGGGGAUGUCUUGUUCACAUCUGUGCUGACCAGGGAUCACAACCCUGAUGUCUGGGAUGGGCUGAUACAUCAAAGUUGCGACAUUGAGCCCAAAGCUGUAAAGCAGGCAAUGCAAUUGGCACACGAUUUCCGGCAUGCAAACGUGCGCCGACUAUUGUACGAUUGCUACCAUUCGAUUGCUAGUAUAGUAACAGAAUACUAUCGAGUCGCGGUCGACGGUGAUGACCGAGAACUUCCGGCCAGACGCAGGCUCAUACAAGCAAUAGCUAGGUUGGAUGAUUUGGAUGACAUAGGCAGAAAGAUACAUGCUCGCCCAAGCUUGGCUACUUCUGCCGCAAAGCGGCAAAGGCCAACCUAA